GAAGUACGUGUUUUAGUAAGAUUUAAAUGUUUAUAUUUUGAUUAUGUAAACUUGAUGCCUUCUACAAACACCAAUAUGAAAGCAGCAGAUUUUACUUAUUAUUUUAAGAGUACGAAUAAACUCGUAUUCAUAAUAGAUGCUAGCUUCCCCGCACUCUCGCUCUUCUCUAAACCCUAAACUUCUCUCUCUGCUCUGAGAUCUCUCUCCCCUCACGUUACUCUCUCUCUCACACCUCCGUCAUUACUGUUCUGCCAAACUCCUCAACUCCUGAAAGCCCUCUCUAACUGUUCUUCUUCUGGUUGAGGACGCAACCUGGUAGCUGGAACAAAGGUGUCGGAUGAUCAGCUCUCAAUGUGAGGAUUCUUUCUCUCUCUCUCUCUCUCUCUACACUUCUGCAGGGCCAUUACUCAAUUACUUGCGGUUGCACAAUCAGCUUGCAUUUCCUUUACGGGAAGAACUUUGAGAGAGCCACCAGAAUUGUCGAUCAAGCCGGUGUCAAGAAACUCUCCGCAAAACAGAGUGGACGUGCCCUUUUCCAGUGCAAGCAUCAAUUAGCUGCGAAGCUUGCGGAAGCUGUGGGAGCUUUCAAAGAGAUAAACAUAUCAGACGAGCAGCUAGCAGUGCUGCUAUCUAAACUUUGAUUGGCCCCUUGAAUGGGAGGUGAACUUUGUUUGGAAGUGUGAAGGUUAUGAGAUUUGCUAAGCCAAUUGACUUGUUUCAAAAGUUGUUGGAGAGCAACAAGAUUGCAGAACAGCGAUUGCUUGGAUUAGAUGUCGGGAACCGAUAUGUUGGACUGGCUAUUUCAGAUCCAGAUAAUAAGAUUGCUUCACCUUUGAGUGUGUUGGUCCGAAAGAAGUCAAAUAUUGUUCAGAUGGCCAUGGAUAUCCAAACCCUCGUUAAAGAGUUCUCAUUGAUUGGAUUGGUUGUUGGUUACCCUCUAGCUCUGCAAGGGACUGCAAAUCCGCAGGCAGUGCAAGUAAAGGUUUUUGUGGAGGAGCUCCACAGGACGGGGCAGCUCGAUGGUUUGAGCUACACAUACUGGGAUGAGCGAUUUACAUCAAAGUCUGUUGAAGCUCUCCUGAAGCCUUUGGACAUGCACCCAGUGCAGUUUAAAACUAUCGUAGACAAGUUUGCUGCAGUAGGAAUACUUCAGGGCUACCUGGACCAUGUGCACAGAAAUAUGAAGGCCAGUGAACAAGAAUCUAAUGACUAAAAGGAAAAGAAGGAAAAGAGCAAACCUGAAUCAUGACCAUUAACGGUGGCUAGGCUAGAAUAGUCGAUUGCAGCUUAGAGAUUUGGGCUUUUAAAUCCUCUUUCUCAAGUAUAUUGACUCCUGUGGAAUUCCUCACUGACCCAGUGAAUACGUGAGAGACUAAUUGCUUACUGGAAAGCUAGAAAGCUGUGUAAGUAAACUUGCUGUGGCUUGUGCAUUAAUGGAAAAUUUCGUUCAUAC